CUUCAGCUUGUACCGUUUAAAUUAGAAACCGACUUCUUGGAUUCUCACAUUGAAGCUGAGUUAUUUUAUUUAUUUUACUCGGAUUUGAGAAGCUCGGUGGCGGACACUAAAUCAGGCGGAACCUCCUCUUUGUUCGCCUGUGUUCAGUCCGGAUGAAGUAGUUUCCGGGAGACGGUACCAGCAGUAAACAUGGCGGAGGAGCUGCUGGAAGCGGUGGACAGACUUCAGUCGCGGCUCCAGGAGAACCAGGAGCCGAGAAAGCUACUGAAGACGCUCAAACGCCUCGGGGAACUUCCCAUGACUGUGGACAUACUGGUGGAAACUGGAGUGGGAAAGGCUGUGAACUCUUUCAGGAAACAUGAAAUCGCUGGAGAAGUUGCAAAAGGCCUCAUAGCCAAAUGGAAGAAACUGGUUCCUCAGUCUGCAGACAGACCCAACAGUCACGCCAUAGAAGCCUCUCGGCCACACCCCCACUCUCGAGGCCCAGAGGCAGGUGAUGGAGGAGUUCACAGACGCACCCGGGAGCCCUCCCCCGAGGAAGAGCCCUCCUACACGGAAGAGGAGGAGGAGGCAGACGAGGAAGAGGAGAGAGGCUACCACACCAACUACUCACCUUCUCCUCCCCAACACGAGCAGUACAGCCCCCCCAGGCGAGGAGGCUACCAAUCAGACGAGUAUGAGAGCCCUGAACGUGAAGCUGAGCCUGAACCUGAGCUUGAACCUGAACCUGAGCCUGAGCCCAGUCCUCCUCACAAAGAAGUCCGCCACGCCAAACCAUACAGAGAUCCCAGCAAGAACCACCACCACGGGGAUCGAAGCAGGGAGCGCGACGAAGAACGACGGCAACGCCACACAGAGACAAGUAGCAGUCGAGGAGGAGGAGAAGGAGGAGGAGAAGGAGGAGGCGACGACGACGAAGGGAAGAAACGUGGUGCAGACAGAGAGAGACGACAGAGUCCGGUACAGAAGCCUGCAAAACCCAACAGGAAGUCCACCACGCACGAGAGCAAGAGGGAAGAGAAGAAGAAAGGCGGUGAUGAAGGGCGACCACGAGCACCGAAGGAAUCUCUACCCAAGGAGCUGGAAGAGGACUUUGAGACCCCCACCAUGUCCUUCGAGUCCUUCCUCACAUACGAUGCCCCAAUGGCUGUCAAGAAGAAGAAGAAGCCGUCGUCACACAGUCGGCCGUCUCACUCAUCGUCCUCCUCAUCGUCUUCCCAUCGAACUCGCGCCCCCCCACCGCCUGCGACCUCCUCCUCCUCCUCUACCUCCUCCUCUAAAGUGAGCAAGGCCAACGGCGCUCAGAGUAAAAAGAGGCCGCAUUCAAGCUCCAGUUCCUCCGCUGCUGCCCCGACGCCAGAGAAACGAAAGAGGGUGGUCGAAGCCGUUCCGACUCUGCCUGAAAUCCCUCUGCCAGCAAUUCAACCCAACUACAGACCCCUCCCCUCCCUCGACAUCACGCCGCUGUCCCCGCAGAGACGUAAAGUUCCUGUCCUCAACGAGGAAGAGGACUCUGGCUUCACAGGGAAACGGUUCAACUCCAAGAUGGUGGUCUACUCAGGGUCGAAGACGGCUUACUUGCCCAAGAUGAUGACUCUGUACGAGCAGUGUAUCCGCGUGCUGCAGAACAACAUCGACUCCAUCGCUGAGGUGGGAGGAGUUCCAUUCGACAUCCUUGAACCGGUUCUGGAGCGAUGUACGCCAGAGCAGCUGUACCGCAUCGAGCAGAGCAACCAGUGUUUUACGGAGGACUCUGAUGAGUUGUGGAUGCGUCACUGUGCACGGGACUUCAAGCGAGCGUCUCCACAGGAGUACGAGUCGUGGAGGGAGAUGUACCUGAGGCUGCACGACGAGCGCGAGGAGCGACUGAGGAGGCUCACGCAGAACAUCACGUCUGCACACGCCAACAAGCCCAAAGGACGGCAGGUAAAGAUGGCGUUUGUAAAUUCCGUCGCCAAGCCACCUCGCGAUGUUCGCCGCCGACAGGAGAGGUUCGGCACGACCAGCGGUUCCUCAGCUGCCUCCACCGCAGCUUCAGCUCCCAUCAAAAUAAGGCCGGCUACCAUAAACUACGCUGGUGAAACCAGUCGCGCGUCUAUAUCCGAAAACAACCCUUCGCCCAGCUCGUCCCGCUCCUCCGCACUGAGUGGAGGAGGUGGAGGAGGAGGAGGAGGAGGAGGAGGAGGAGGUGGCAGCGGGGCCGGGGGAGGAGCAGCAGGACCUGUUGCUCGGGACAAGCCACAGGUCAAAAAAAUCGCCCCGAUGAUGGCCAAAACUAUCAAAGCGUUCAAGAACAGAUUCUCCCGCCGAUAGAUGGAAAGAGACUGUGAAUGUAUUUUAUGAAUUCCAUCUCUGUUUUUAAUUUAAGUUUAGAAAGAUUUUACUGGAGACCCCUUCAUCCCUACACACACAAACACACACACAGAGAGACACACACACACACACACACACCCUUACCCACCAAACACAACAUAUGUGAACUUUACAGUAUUGGUGGAAAAAUGAUUAUUUAAUCCAAGCAGUGGCUUCUGUUUGGGGUUUUUUAAACAAGUAUUUGAAUUGUGAACUGUGUGACGACUGUGCUGAGGAUAUUAAGGAAAUCAAGAGAAACAAGUUGCCAACUUUUUACAGGAUGCAAAAGGA